AUGCGCGAUCGUGAUGCUACCAAAAGAAAAGCUAUGGCAUCGAAUGAUCUAGGCGACUGGGCAAAGUACAAAAAGUUGCGAAAUACAAUAAACAAUAACAUCAAGACUUCUAAAGCAUCUUAUUAUUCUAAUGCUUUUAGUCAAUCUAAAGGUAAUUUUCGAAAAACAUGGCAAACCAUUAACGAACUUACUUCCUGUCGCACCAACAAUACAACAGUGAAAGAAUUUAAGUCGAAUGGUUCCAUUAUUUCUAAUUCUAGUGAGCUUUCUAAGGCUUUUAAUGACCAUUUUUCAACAAUUGGGCCCCGCCAUGCCAAUGAAAUUCCACCAAAUGAUAAUAAUAAUGAUUUAAGUUACAAGCAGUAGUAUUGUUUUCUCACAUCUAAACAAAUUAUGUAGAUCCAAAGAUCUACAUAAUAAUACGUGAAUGUGCCGAUCUGAUUUCAGUUUCUCUAUGUGAUCUCGAAAUCUUUGCACUCUGCUGGUAUAUUUCCUGA